GAAACAUCAAACUCUUAAAGAUUCGGCAAUCUUACCGCGAAAAGGAACGAAGAAAAUCGAGAAAAAAAAACAACAACAACAGCAGUAAACAUAAACAAAUCCUACCGUACAGUACCACCAUACGGUAUCAAAAUAAAAAUUUAUUUUUUUCUGAUUUUGGGCAAAUAUCACAAUAAUACGACAAGAAAAAAAUAUUGCACUGCAGAAAGUAUAGUUCUGCUAACUUUUACAUAGUUUAGUUAGAAAACUGCGAGAAAAAAAUAGAUUUUUAUUAAAAUUAUUUAAAACCAAUAUUACUACUCCGUACGGUAUCUGUUUACUUCACAGUGGUGCUAUCUAUUGGUAAAAAUUUAGUUCAUCAAAUGUACCAGAAGAGGGAUAUAGAGUACAACAAAAGCGAACCUGGCGGCAAUUUGAAGAAACACCCCCGUCGGGUGUUCCAUUGAACUGCCGCAAUCCGCUUUUCUCCUUGUUUUGUCGUGCGCCUGCCAUCUGAGCUGUAAUUAAAAAGAUAAGUUCUGCUGUCUUUUGGUCGAAGGAGUGCUGCUGCUAGCCGGUAAGAAUUAAAAAUUUUGUAUGCCUUGGAAUAAUUUUAUAGCUUUUUUGAUUUCAGAAAAUGAAUUUCUACUCGAUUGUUCAAACUUUUGAAGAUGAUGAAUUUAUGCUGUCCGUUCUCCCAACGAAGUGGACGAUUCGAGGUGGAUGGACAGGUGAAGCAAACUCGGUUGAAGGGCAGGAUGUUUGCUUUUGGCCGAAAAACAUUGCUGGCCACCGACUGUUAGAAAAAACGAAGAAAGAUCCCGAACUCGCCGUUGAAAAAGCCCACUUGCAAGAAUAUCGCUGCAAAAUUAAGCGAACCGGAUUUCAGACGUACAACGAGGCUGUUCGGAAGCUUAAGGUCAUGGAAACAACGCCCGACACGGACGAUUUUGACCCUCCAAGGAAAUCAGCGAAGGGGAACGGUGCCGUCGAACUUUUUAAAGCCAUCCAGGCAUCCGGAGGUUCUAAGACUAAGCAGAUUCAAACUAUAACUGUACCCGAACCCGAAAAUCCUCAGCUCAACCUGAUCAUAUCGCUGCUUCACGGUCUGGAAGAGAAAAUCGAUUCUCUCCAAACAUCAUACAACACCCUCAAGGACGAUGUGGAACAAACUCGCGGUUUAGUGUGCCGCAUGAACGCCAAGGUUGACUAUUUAGCCUCGAACAGCAGAGUUCCGACAGCAUCAACCUCAAACCAGAAGGUAAAAUUGAAGAAAUUUUCACUUUCGCCUGUGAACUCCUUGGACGAACUAAAAUCUCUGGAAGAGAAUUGUAAAGACGAGGAAUUUGUUAUGGAGGCAAUUCGUUCAAUCGGCAGAAUAUUCGGAAAGAACCAACAAACCGGAAACGGGGCAACGGUUUGUCUGAGGCUCGUCGACUCGCUAUUUACUCGCGAGUUUUUGACGAAAUGCUCAUGGACGGGUUUGAGUCGUACUCGCUCCGAAGACGGUAGCAUUAUAACGAAAAUUGGAUUUCAACGAUUCGAGAGAGUAAUUGACUUGUUUUAUCAAACCGUAUCGUAUUCAGACCCAGUUUAUCCGGUUGAAGAAUGUAACAAUUUCCUCCGUCGAUGCCUCCAAAAUGCAAAACAGCGAUUCGAGGAGGUCAAGGGAAUCCGCAAUACUUCAUCUCGAAAGAGGCGCAAGAAGAUUGCGGAUGUCAACGCUACACACGACGCUGCAGGUAGCUCGGAUGGUGAUAUUACGGAGAACGAGAGCAACGGUGAAGAAGAGAACGGAUGUGGAACCGUUAAGGUAGAGCAGCCGAUCAUUCAGCGUGAGGAGAUUGUUGAAGAGUACGUCGUGCUAGAGGAAAUCUGAUAUUAUUCUGUUAU